GGUAGCGUGGGGUGGACAUGUCGCAGCGAGACUGAGCGCAGUAAGUGAACCUCUUCUCUCGGUUGGUGGCAAAGCAACGAAUCAAGAGUUGCGGCUGGCCGUUCGCGUAUGCUAGACCGUGCCUGCGGCUGCGAGCCACAAGAUUUGCAUCUCCCUCGGUGGUAGCGGCGUUACUACCUCUCGCCCGCGUUCCCUGCAGUCUGUCGGAUCGCGUAUACACACACGUCUGUGUCGGAGAAAUGGAGCUGGAGCAGGCGACGCCGCAGGUAAACGCGGAUCCGGAGAAGAAGGCCAAGGAGAGCGGCGGCAUUUCCGGAAAUGACCAUAUCAAUGGAAUGUCCAAUGGCUUUGACAAGAAGAGGGAACACAAGUCUGAGCACAAAGACAAAGAUCGGUCUCACAAAUCAGAUCAUAAGGAUAAGGAGAGGAGCAAAGACAAGGAAAGAAAUCACAAGAGCGAACAUAGGGACAAGGAUAAGGACAGGCACAAACAUAGUUCAAGUUCCGUUAAGGAUAAGGAGAAACACGAUAGCAGCAGUAAAGAUAAAGACAGAAAGAGCUCCUCCUCGAGCAAGGACAAGGAGCAUAAAAGCAGUAGCUCAUCCAGCAAGGAUAAAGAUAAGGACAAGAGCAAGGAGAAGGAUCAUCAUCACAAGUCCAGCUCGAGUUCAAAGGACAAAGACAGACAUCAUAGCAGCUUUAAGGAUAAAGAUGGCUCCGGCAAGGACAAGGACAAGGACUCAAAGAGCAAGGAUAAGCAUAGACACAGCAGUUCGUUGAACUCUAGCUCGCGUGACAAGGACAAAGACCGAAAUAUUUCCAAGGACAAGGAGAAGGAGAGCAAGAAGCACUCGUCGGAAAAGGACAAGGAGAGACAUUCCACUUCUCAUUCUUCGGGCGACAAGGAGAAGCAUCGCUCGUCGGAGAAGGACAAGCACAGGGAGAGCUCGUCCAGCAAAGACAAAGACAAGCACCGCCAUGAAAAGGAGAAAGACCGUCACCGACACGACAAGGACAAAUCCAAGCAUCGCGACGACAGGGAGAAGAAGGAGAAGGACAGGGAGGAGACUAAAGUUAAGGAGGAAGUGCUCGUGAAGACGAAUCACACGAUUAACGAAGGAUUUCACUAUAAUUUGAAUAUCAAGCCGGAACCGAAGGAGGAGUCCAUGCUUGCGGAAGCAGAAGACGACGAUGACAGCGGUGGCGAGCGACCGCUCUACAUCAAGGAGGAGGAUGACGAUGAGGAAAUGAAGGAGGAGGACGUUAACUUGGAUUCGACCGACGGAAACGAUACCAGACUGUCGGAUCUGCAUAAUACGACCCUGAAGACGGAAGAAGAGUCGGAGGAGGAUAAACCAUUGCAGUCUGCAAGGUCAAAGCAGUCACCGAGCGUGAAAAGGAAAAUCGAGUCGGACGAAGACGAAGACGUUCCGCUGUCGACGCGCAAGAAGUCCAAGAAAACUCCGUCGAAGACCAAGAACAAGAAACGGAAGCACGGGGACGAUGACGAUUCCGACGUCGAAGAAGUACAGAAACCAAAGAAGAAGAACUCAAAGACGAGAGGAGAAGGCGGUAGUCCGAGAAAGAAGAAGCAGGAGGAGGAACAAGAGGUUUGGAAGUGGUGGGAAGAGGAAAAGAAGACUGAUGGCACAAAGUGGCAUUUCCUGGAGCACAAGGGACCGGUGUUCGCGCCCUCGUACGAUCGCCUGCCGCCCACCGUGAAGUUCUACUACAACGGCAAGGAGAUGAAGCUGAGCGAGGAAGCGGAGGAGGUCGCGACCUUCUACGCGCGCAUGCUGGACCACGAUUACACGACCAAGGAGGCGUUCAACAACAACUUCUUCCACGACUGGCGAGAGGUGAUGACUGAAUCGGAGCGCGCGAGGAUCACCGAUCUGUCCAAGUGCAACUUCAAGGAGAUGCACACGUACUUCCUGCAGAAGAGCGAGGAACGCAAGGCGAUGAGCAAGGAGGAGAAACAGAAGAUCAAGGAGAAGAACGAGGAGAUCCAGAAGGAGUACGGCUUCUGCAGUAUCGAUGGCCACAAGGAGAAAAUCGGUAACUUCAAGAUCGAGCCGCCCGGCUUGUUCAGGGGUCGUGGCGAGCAUCCCAAGAUGGGUAAACUGAAGAAGCGAGUGCAGCCCGAGGACGUGCUGAUCAACUGCUCGAAAGAUUCCAACAUACCGAAACCGCCACCUGGCCACAAGUGGAAGGAAGUGCGGCACGAUUCUAACGUCACGUGGCUCGCGUCCUGGACCGAGAACAUUCAGGGCCAAGUGAAGUACAUCAUGCUGAAUCCAUCCAGCAAGCUCAAGGGUGAGAAGGACUGGCAGAAGUACGAAACGGCGCGGAAGUUGGCGCAGUCCAUCGAUAAGAUUCGCGCCGAGUACCGAGAGGAUUGGAAGAGUAAAGAGAUGCGCAUCAGGCAGCGUGCCGUCGCCCUCUACUUCAUUGACAAGCUGGCCCUGAGAGCUGGUAACGAGAAGGAUGAGGAUCAGGCGGACACCGUGGGCUGCUGCUCGUUGCGAGUGGAACACAUCAAGCUGCACGAACAAAAGGAUGGAAGAGAAUACGUGGUUGUGUUCGACUUCUUAGGUAAAGAUUCUAUACGAUAUUACAACGAGGUACCGGUCGAGAAGCGCGUGUUCAAGAACCUUCAGCUCUUCAUGGAGAACAAGUCGCCCAACGACGAUCUGUUCGAUCGACUCAAUACCACCGUGAUGAACAAACACCUGAACGAGCUAAUGGAAGGUCUCACCGCUAAAGUAUUCAGAACUUACAACGCGUCGUGGACGCUGCAGCAGCAGCUUGACAAGCUGACGGACCCGAACGACACGGAGGCGGAGAAGAUCCUCGCGUACAACCGUGCCAAUCGCGCCGUCGCCAUACUGUGUAACCAUCAGCGUUCCGUACCAAAGACGCACGCAAAGUCCAUGGAGAACCUGAAAGUGAAGAUCGAAACCAAGAAGGAGGCGAUAGCCGAGUGCGAGUUGCAAGUGAAGGAUGCGAAACGCGAUGCGAAGCAUGGCUCGGUGAAGGAAAAAGUGGUGUAUGAGAAGAAGAAGAAACAGCUGGAAAGAUUAAAGGAGCAAUUGACGAAGCUGGAGGUCCAGGCGACUGACCGAGAAGAGAACAAGGAGAUCGCGCUGAGUACCUCCAAGCUGAACUAUCUCGAUCCCAGGAUUUCUGUCGCAUGGUGCAAGAAGCACAAUGUUCCGGUCGAGAAGAUAUAUAACAAGACUCAAAGGGACAAGUUCCGAUGGGCGAUAGAUAUGGCGGGACCCGACUACGUCUUUUAACCCUGUAGGACAUCAUCAUUAUCAAUGUCGUUGUCGCCGUCGUCGCUGUCAUCGUCAUCGUCGUCAUCGUCAUCAUUGCCGUCGUCGUCGUCAUCGUCAUGUGUCGGUCUACGAGGAGACAUCUCCCGCUGACAUUACAUGUAGUGAAUUUUACGUUCUAGCGAGAAGCUAGGAAACUUCUUAACGAAGAAAAGAAAGAGGGAGGGAGGAAAAAAAUAGAAUGAACAGUGUGAACGGUACGGAAAAUUUUUUACACUUACGAAAUACGAAUGUGAGAAAGUGUGGGAACAUAUUUUCUAUAGAACGAUACACGGCGCGUGCGUUUAAAAGAAAAAAAAAUCACGAGUAGCAGCAGCGACCUGUACAAUCUGGUGAUAUCAUUAGAGUACGAUGUGCGCCCGUCAAGUCAGUUUCAAAGUCGAUCGCGCGCGCGUGUUUGCUCCGGCGUGUGCCCGAUCUCGCCGCCGGCAAACUGUUUUAUUCGCCACGUCCCCGUGGCCGGUACGUCUGCGUAUGUACAGCUUAUUGCUCCGAACUGAUAAAAUCCUGAAUGUCGAAGAAGUAGUAGCGAAUAAAUGAGUGUAAUUGUUUUCAAACAAUGAGCGUAAUCCUCAUUCGUUUAGGUAGAAAUUUGAUUCCGACGGUGUAGGAGAGUAAUAGCAUCGAAUUCGUGCAGAAGCGUCUAAAAAAAAAUUCAUAGGGCAUGCACGCAGCGGCAGAUCGAUUGGUUGAUUGUUUGUUGAUCGAUCGAUCGGUCCCGCAACAGUCGCGAGACGAUUGCACUCGUCUCGCGUUAAACGUGGCUGCGCGAACACGUACGGCAAGACGUAGCUGCGUUUUUGUACAUACAUAGUUGAUAUUCGUACGAGAGAGUGAGACACACGAGAGGCACCGCAUUAAUAUGAAGAA